AUGGCUGUCUCUCUAAGCCCGACGUCCGUGUUCGUGACGAUCCUCCUCCUCUACAUAUCCACCUUUGUAUUCUUCGCCAUAGUUCGAUUCGCCACUGGGAUCUCGAUUCAGCGCAUCGGUUAUUUCUCUCUACGCCGCAUUGCUUAUUCUCCGAGAGAAGGGAUUCACGUCAGUAUUCGCGGCCUCGGGAUAUCCAUACACUGGCCUACAUUUGCGCAGCCAACUUAUGUCAGUUUGCGAAUCAAAGAACUCUCAGUAACUGUUGACCCGAAAGUCUUGCACGGCGGAGACAAAACCCAAACCAUCCCAGCCGAUGAAGGGCCCAAUGCCAAGUUCCUGGACGAUGGCGACUCCUCUGGAGAAAAAUUCACUCGGCCCUCAAAGCAGCAUCGGGACAACGGAGCUAUAAUCAAUAAGACAUGGAAAACCCUGACAAAAGCGAAAGAUGUAAUAAAACGGUUGCAUAGAAGGAUACAUUUGUUGUCGUUGGUCGAUGUUACAGCUACUGAUACCACAUUACGGAUUCUCAAGGUUGGGGAAAUCGGUGUUGGAAGUUUUGCGGUGGCUGUUGACACCAGACGAAAUGUGAUGGAACGUGGGAGAUUAUUCAGACACAAGAAGGACCCUUCCGGCGACCAGCUGCCAGCAGAAUGGAUGAUCAAUGUUAAAAAUGUGCUUCUUGCGCUGGAGAGUCAGGAACCAGAAGAAAUUGUGGACAAUUUGGGCCUCAAUAUCCAUGGCCUGCUCCACAAGGACGUGGAAGGUCUGAGGGACGUUUCAGUCUCAGUUAAAGUAGGAAGGCUACAUGUCCCGUAUGACAACCUACUCUCUUUAUCAAGUCGGAUAUCAGGGGCACAAACGGCAUCGCAACAGAAUACAUUCAACAGUGGGGACAAAGGUGUAUCGUUUACUGAUAUCGUCGAAGAGUUGGAUCACCCCGGGACCCACGAAGGGGCAGUUGUCGACACAGUGGCCGAAUCUCGCCAGUUUCUAGGCUCUCUACUCCGUGGGAUACAAGAAAUUCAAGUUGCACUAAGUUUCUUCCGCGUUUCCCGUGUGGUACAGCGGCUCCCCGAAGCGAAAAAGCCUCAAUUUCUGAACAUUGUUACCCACGAGGUCGGCAUUGAUUUUCACCGAAUGGACCCUAACGAACCAGCCCACCGUAUGUACUUCCAAAAGAAUGAUAUCGCGCAUCAGGCUCUCGUAGCUGCGAUAUCGUCGUCUGUGUCGCUAGAUGAUAACACGAACGAUCAUGACAAAAUUAUGUACAUCCCAAUGGCCACCGCAACAGUCAAAACGACAUUACCGGCCAAAACUGUCUCUCUUUCAGAAAGCCAUGAUGCGGCUGAACGCAACACAAAUGUUCUUUUUGCCAAUUUUGUUGUCACUUCGCCGUCUGUGGAUUUGGAGCCUGGGAAGGUUGCUCAAAUAAUUGGCCUGCUGCAGCGGAGGAACGCAACUCGUCGGACGAAAAAGAAAAGCAAACACCUUUUGAUCUCUCGUCUUCUACCCAAAGCAACAAUCAAAUUAUCCAUCCAGGAACCCGUACUUCGAUUCGUGCUUCCAGCGUCGACGGCUUCCGAACAGCAAGAUUAUAACCUCCUCGUCUCCUCGAUAUCCUCCAUAUCAUUGGACAUUGAGUCCUCUCAUUCGGCAGAAGAAGGAGUCCAAUAUUCCUUAGCCUCAGUUUAUAGAGUUGCAUCUCAUGUGCUCUAUUACCAGAUGGCGUCAGGGGCCAAACAUCACCUAAUGUCUACCGAGUCCCUGGAGCUUAAAACUCAUUUGAAUGCAACGACAGAACUUUGUGUUGUGGCUUCCGGGAAUUUGAAUACUUUUUCCGUUCACCUUGUGAGCGGUGAGGUUACCCAAGGCGUUCAUCAGGUAGUUGAACAGUUUCAUGACCAUGUUCAACCGACCAAAUUACCGCCCUCCAUGAAUCCGAAUUCUCCCAGUAUCCUGAGGCGCCUUCCACCGUGGCUACUCCAAUUUCAAUUCGAAAUAUUAGGCCUCGCUGUCGAAGUUGCUGGAACAGAUGAUACAAUUCAACCGGCAACCCGCGGUAUUGUCUUGCAACUUGGUGGCUGCUCUGCCCAUUACCAAGCACAAAAAGCAGAACCCAACAAAAGGGUUGCGCGUCGACGAACCCCAAGUCAUUCUGCUAUGUCAGAUGAUCCGACCUUCAGAUUCGCAUCUUCAUCGCCCUCACCAUUCACUUUAUCGAUAUACGCCCUUCGGAUCGCCUUUACCGUGAUACAAAGAUGCCUUUCCUUAAACAGUCACCUAAGAAGGGAUCCUUCAAUGGGGGUGGGAAGCAAAAGCUCCCAAUCGUCACCUCCUAGCCCAGCCCUUCCUAAAGCUGAGCUAGUCACCCUUGACUUCAAGGCCCCUCUGAUUGAAAUUAAACUUGUAAUGCCUAUGGACCCUGCGAUGAUGGUGCAAAUUUAUGGUUUGGCUGCUGGCCGCCAUAGAUGGUCGCCUCCCUUCAUACGUGCACAUCUUGUCCGCCUUCAUGCCGAAGCGCCAAAACUAAAAGGCGUAUGGGCGCGGAUCAUCAGUGUAAAGAGCAUGCGUGUUGGAUUUAGAGAAAGUCGUUCUAAGCAGGCUGAGUCGAUUACGGACGCCAAGGGGUACGACAUAUCCACUGAUUUUAUUCGUCUCGCUGUCCCGCAUCAUAUGAUCAUGCAUCGCAUUUUCGAUAAUUUCGUGAAUACCACCAAAGCUAUUCAACAGCUAAAUCAUCGGUUCAAAACCAGAACAAAUGAAUAUGUUCUAGAAAAGCACCCCGAAGGCCCAAAGCAUGUCCCUAGGAUUUCGUUGCGCAGUAAAGCACUUUUAUUCGAAUUGGAAGACGACGCCUUUGAAUGGAAACUGUCGACCAUAUAUCGACUGGGUUUAUUGGAGCAGAAACAGCGCUUGACGCGCGAUGAGGCACAUCGGAUGAAAGUCAAAAAGGUUGAAGCGUGCCAGCAGCGCAUUGCAACUUCCCGGUUGCGUACUCAUUCAGCACAUCCAAGCUCUCAAAAGUCUCCGGCUUUAUCUCGCAAUAGUGGGGAAACCCAGCGAAGCAAAAGUGUCGAUCGCCAUGAACGUUCGCGUUCGACAUCCAGGGGUAGACGUGCUAAGCGGAAAGUAAGAUAUGACCCUGACGCUAUUACGAGCUUUUCGGAUUGCUGUAAGGUUGCUUUGCAUGACGCCUGGACCAGCUUACAGGAGCAUAAUGCGCAUUCUUGGAGGACCAGAAUUGAUAGCUCCAUACGUUUCCAAAAUACAGCAAUCAAGGAGAUACGGGCCCUCUUCGCGGGCGCCGAUGAGCCUCCAGAAGGGUUCCAGGACGAUGAGACUAUACUAGUGGUGCCUAAUCGGCCCGGGUUACUUGCUGUCACUAUAAGUGAUGUGCACCUUGUUCUUGACAAACCUUCUUUCCCUUUGAGUUCUUACGCCGAAUACAUCCAUAAAAUUGGCAAAGGAAUGCCUUUGGAUACGAAAUACUCCCUUUUAAUUCCCAUGAGUGUCCAUUUAGAUAUGGGAGAAGCAAGGGCAAACCUUAGGGACUACCCUCUCGAUUUAAUACAUAUCCCUGCACUGCGUCCCGGCCAGCCGACUCGUCUACCAUGUUGGUCGGUGCACGGAGACUUUGUAAUUGCAGAAGAGUUUCGUGACUACGAAUCGUCCCGACGCGUGAUGGUCAAUAUCGUUCCACCAACUGUAACACCUGAUGGGGUUUCUCAUCCUGGGUUUUCAAUCGACGUACGCCGAACCGUGUCGCCUGUCAAAACAUAUUCUGACCCCAAAAUUGAGAUCAAUACAAACCUUCCGACUAGCAUAUCAUGGGGAAUGUCCUAUCAACCUGUCAUCCAAGAUAUGAUGAAGAUAAUCGAAGGGUUCACUAAACCGGAGAUUGACCCGUCUGAACGUGUUGGGUUUUGGGAUAAAAUAAGGCUUAGCUUCCAUUCCAGAAUUAACGUGAUGUGGAAAGGGGACGGAGAUGUUCACCUCCGACUCAAAGGUUCUCGUGACCCUUACGUGGUUACAGGCUUUGGUGCUGGGUUUGUUAUGUGCUGGCGUAAAGAUGUGCAAUGGGAGAUACACACGCGAGAUGACCCCAAGGAGUUUAUGACCGUUACAAGCGGAGAGUAUGUGCUUGCAGUUCCCGACUAUAGCCACCAUGCGCGACAUUCCUACGAGUUGCCCAUGUCAGACAGCGGGAGCCUAUCGUCUAAAAGCAGUAUGAGGCACGACCCUACAUUUAAGAAGGUUGUAAUGAAACUCUCGGGCAACGUGAGAUGGCUUGCAGGUUUGGUCUUCGAGCGAACCGUUCACGGCACGGAAGAGCGUUCGUUCGAGUUUAGGCCCCAUUAUGACGUCGUCCUAAAGAAUCCGAAGUAUCUCAGCGGAGAGAAACGAAAGGACUACGAUGCAUAUCGCGGUUUUCGCAGCAAUCAUAUCCAUCUUUCGGUUGCUGUCGUGGCGCCUGUUUCGCGAGUUUGGUCGGUAACAAAUCGUGAACCGUCCACGAGCUACAAUACCGUUCACCUAAGCCCUAGAUUCUUUACUCACUUUUUCAACUGGUGGUCCUUGUUCUCAGGAGUAAUGUCCUUGCCUGUUCGCCAGGGGCCUCUGUGGCCGGGUCUAACAAAGACUAGCAAGAAGUUCAGUCGUCAUCUUGGAACGGUCAAAUAUAACCUAUUCCUUUCUCCUUUAUUCAUCUCCCACAUUUACAAACACAAAGAGGCCGAAGAUUACAACAAAACUACCGUUUUUGCCACAGGGAUCAAAGCUCGACUCGAUAGCUUCAUGCUUGAUCUCCACCAGCGCCGAGAACAGGUCAAAACGCAGGUGAAGGGACGAUUGAAGCAAACGAAGGCGAGCACGAUGAGGAUCAAUCGUGCGCAGCUUGAUUUCAUAUCCGCAGAUUUCCGAGCUGUGUCAGCUAGUAUUGGUGGCACCAAUCCUGAAGAUAUUCAACGGGCCAGAGACGAUAUCAUAUCGACAUUCCAAGAACCUGUCGCACCUGCUGACCUUUCUCGCUUUACUAUUCCUGACCAUGACUUAAACUGGGUUGAUAUGGACGACUUCGUUGAACUUGACUGGAUAUUACCCUCGGAGUCGAAUCCUAAGACCCAGAUACUUCCUCUUGCAUAUUCUCCGCGCUUUUCGUAUCUCAGACAGACAGAUCAUCAUGAAGUUGGACCCGAUGAGACAGGGUAUAGUCAUUUUGGUGAUGAGCCUACACACUACUGCGUCAUGACCCAGGAAAACGAUCCACGAACAGUUCAAAUAGAUCUGAUUAAAGAACGUCUUCAUGUGCUUGAUGCGCAAAUCGACUCUCAUGCACGCUUGGUUGGCGAACACGAACUUCAACUUGUCCGUGAAGGAACGGUGGAUGAAGCCAGUCGCAGUCAAUACGAGUUGUUCCUCAAACAAGGCGAAUCACUUCGUACGCGGAGGGAGUUCCUCCAGGAAGGACUUCUGCGACUUACACAACAGAUUUCGACAACCACAGGCGUCAGUGAAUCAGAUAGCAAAUGCCCCUCGCCUGACUCUUCUUCCGAAACGCAGAAAUCAGGGGACGACGUGGGUGCUCAAAUGCACUACGCUUCUCCAGACGAAGACUUCAUCAGCGAUUUCAAUAAUCGGUUUAUUAUCCACAACAUCCAGCUGAAGUGGAAUAACUCUUUGCGGAAUAUAGUUCUACGGUAUAUCCACCAGAACAGUCAACGUCGUGGCUUUGUCUACUACAUGUCUCGCAGAGCCGUCAAGUUCAUCUUGGACAUUGUCGAAGAGCAGGGCAAAUCCAAAUUUCGGCAUAUGGACAGUCGACGCCAGUCAUUUCAUCAUGCACCUAACUCAAAUGAAGAGGAUCAGGAUGAUGAAGGGACAGUAGAGGCCCGGAUCGAGCAGCUCCUCAACGAUGCCAACCGUUUUGUAAAUGCGGAAGACACAGGUUACCACAGCGACAAGCAAGAACAAGCAGAAGAGCAGGACGACAUUGCCCCAGAGUUUACCGCACAGAACAGCUAUCACCUCCGACUUAUAGCCCCGCAAAUUCAGCUACAAAGCGAGAAGAAUAAAAAAUCCGUCGCACUUGUAACUGCUAAAGGCAUGCAAUUAAAAGUGAUCUCGAUUAGAGAUAAACGACGAGAGUCUGAUGACGUUAGUGGCCUCGUGCAGCGCCGAUUCACGCUAGACAUGGACAGUGCUCAAUUUUUUGUUGCAACCCAAAAAACGUUUUCAAGUCAUGCCCAUAUAUACUGUGGAAACAGAUAUGGCAACGCUCCGGGGGCAACGUGGCCUCCAUGGGUAUCGUUGGAGUCUAUGUUUGAAUUCGAUCGCGAUCCAUCCGGGCUGUCUCGAAUCAUUCAGAAAACAUCCGCUAGUCUUCGCUACGACAAGUAUAACGCUUUACGUCUAAAAUACAACGAAAAGGUUGCGAAGGAAGACCGCGGACCGGUCUGCGAUGCAAUUGCCAACGAGAACAGGAUCGAUCAGAUCUCGGUAGAUUUCCCUCAGGUCAGGGCAAUCUGCGAUUCUGCUCAAUAUUAUUCAAUUGAGCCGCUAGAGCAAGUCCGAAACGAACGAUUAGAAAAAAUAAUGUUAGCCUCGGACUUCAGCGACCUUAGGGGUGCUCCUGAGAUGGUCAAUAAACUUCAGCAGCGGAUUCGCCAUCUCGAAGAUAUCAAAAAUCUUUUCCAAAUCCAAUCAAAAUACCUAGAUACCCAGGGAUGGAAAGAUAGAAUGGCCUUGGAAAAGGACCUGGCCACUUGUGAGGAUGAGCUAUUUUUCAUCAUGAAGGCAAUUACCACUUCGCAACGGAAAAAUGAGGAGCGUACAAAGCACCAUUCCAGCGGUCUUCUAAGGUGGACGUUGUCCGCAUCCGAAAUUGUAUGGCAUUUGAUGAGAGAGCAUGGGGAGCCGCUUGUUGAGUUUCAGCUGAGGAACGCCGCGUACGAGAGAACAGAUAACAUUGAUGGGUCAAAUCACAACGCGAUUGAAGUCCAACGAAUCUACGGCCUAAACCUCCUCCCUAGCGCAUUGUAUCCCCAGAUGAUCGUCCCAUAUUUAGAUGAACAACGCCAAAAUCCGCAAACGGAAGAGGAUAUGAUGCUUCAAGUUAAAUGGUACAUGUUAGAGGCCAUUGGUGGCAUUCCGGUAUUAGAUGACUUUGAAGUGACGCUAUUCCCGCUGAAAAUUCAAUUGGAACGAGAGCUAGGCCAAAAGCUGUUUGAAUACAUAUUUCCAGGAGUUGGGUCAAAUGCUUUUGAAAGUGGAGGUUUCUCGCCGUUUAUGAUCAAACGAUUUAAUCCACAGGAAGAUGAGGAGGAGAGUGACGGCAACCCUGAAGUUCACACACCAGGUGCAAGCACUAGCAGUGGCUCCGUCGACGAUUCCCAGAUGUCAUACCCAGGCAGUAUUGAGUCGAGAUUGAAACCCACACUUUCCUUGCAAGACAACCAUCGAUCGAAAUCUCCGGGUCGAAGACCAAAGAUAGCGGGUUUCACACCUAUAAAUAAGGACUCUGCAAAAAGUAAAGCCGGAAGCCCUGGAGAUCGAUCUCGGUCUGCCACCCGAACUCCACCUCCGAGUCGUCUUCCAGUAAAGAAGAACUCUGUCGAUAGUCUAAAGCUGCUUGGCAGAUCUCAAACGGACAGGUCGUUGGCGUCACAAUCUACCAUAUCCGCGACUGAUGAAAAAGGCAAGAAAUUCGCGAUAUCCCGAUCAUCAACAAAGGCAUUUGGCAAAGCCGAGAAUCCCACGGAUGAUGUUUCAUACAUGAUGUCAAGGGCGUCCAAUUACAUGAUCUUAUCUCAUGUAAAAAUCAACGAUGUUGUCCUUUGUUUGAGUUAUAAAGGGAAAGGCGAGCGCAACAUUGAGGAUGUGCAUGACUUUGUAUUUCGGUUGCCAAUACUCGAAUAUCGAAACAAAACUUGGUCCAAUCUCGAUCUUGCGCUGCGCCUUAAGAAGGACGCCAUUAAAGCUCUCAUCUCGCAUGCCCCCGCAAUUCUCGGUAACAAGUUCUCCCAUAAUCGUCCAAGUAAACAACAGCAAAGACGACUGCGAGAACUUGCCACUGCGAAGCAGGUUUUCACGUCAGACAGCGUUUCCAAUAUGUACCCUUCAGAUGGCUCAAAUAGCAUCGUCAGCCGCAGCUCAACCGAGCAAUCCGAAUCACCGCGUCGGUCAUUUCACUCUCAUGUUUCACCUUUCUCUGGUGCAAGAUCUACAAUGUCUAGUUUGAACUCGGCUGGUCCCUCUACGGGUCUUGCGCUUGAUUCUCAUUCUGCCAGGAGUCUCAACAUGGAUGCUCGCGAGGACAACCCGGCCGCGGAAAAGGUCCCUUACUCAGCUGCGUCGUAA